UAUUGUGCCAUGAUCAUGGAUGGGGGAAUUCAUGACCUCGGAGUCGUGUGAGCUUAGCGAGACCACUCCUCUCUCCUGAUCUUUCCUUCUUCCUUCCACCGAGCGGUAUGUAGGUUUGCCUUCGUUAACUCGGUUGGCUUGGUUUCGUCGUCUUCGUCUUUUUGCAUGCCGUGUUCCCGCCCCCGGGAAGGAUCGGGAUCACUCCCGGGUUUAAAUAUUCUGUGAAGCAUCGUUCUAUUCGUUUCUAUUGAUUCGGGUGUCAUGGGGAAUGGCGUUGGGGUUGUUAAGGUUCGCAGCAUUUCCACUCCAUUGUAUCAUCGGUUUUUGUGCUAAUGUGAUGGAGGAGGAUCUCGGCGCCGAUACAAACGGUGGAGAGUUGACGCGAGAGGAGGAGGUGACGAUGAGUGCCAGAGCGCCGAUUGCUGUGCAGGCCAUGAAGGCUUCCUCGAGAGAUGAUAAAAUGCAGGGGAACAGAUCAAUGGUUUCAGAACAAGGGCCCGGUAAAGUCCGGUCUCGAAGAGAGAGGAAGAUUGCCUUACAGCAAGAUGUUGACAAACUAAGGAAGAAGCUGAGACAUGAAGAGAACAUCCACAGAGCUCUGGUGAGGGCUUUUACCAGACCUUUGGGUGUUCUUCCUCGUCUUCCACCCUAUCUCCCUUCGCACACACUAAAGCUUCUAGCUGAAGUUGCCGUGCUGGAAGAAGAGGUGGUUCGGCUUGAAGAAGAGGUGGUGAAUUUUCUGCAAGGACUCUACCAGGAGGCUAUCUACGGCUCAUCCACCAUGCAGAACUGUUUUCCAAGUCCCAAAAAGUUGGAGAGAUUGAAACUGCAUGCCGAUAUGGUGAAUUCUGAAGCUGUAGAAAUCAGAAGACCUUCAUCCUUGUUACAGUGGAUGUCAGGUGUAGAACAAAUGCAGCCUUCCUUCAGUUCAUCUGCCAAUUAUUGACAUGCCCUGAAGAAAGCUGAACACAAAUUUGCUAUAGAGUUACCGGUUCAGACACAUACCUGAACCUAGUUAUGUUGCCAUUUUCAUGUGGAUUACAUGAUCUGAAGAGAGAGUGAGGGUCAAAGAUAUCAAACAUCAGAGUCAUUGGAUUGACCAUUUCAGAGAUUCCUGUGCACAGAUAACAGCAGCAUUCAGCAAUGCAACUUCUCUACUGUUUAU